AUGGAAGUUCAUUCAAAAGUGAGUAGAGGCAAUCAUAGGGAACAUGUGGUUUUUUCUUCACCACAUUACGGGCACUCCGGCGUAGCUGAGGCUGCACGGGAUCUCUUCAUGCAAAUUGAUGGAAAUAUUAGUGAUAAUGGAUUUGCCACAGCACAAAGAGGACAAGAAAGAAGAAUAAAGGGUUCUUCACUCACUAUACAAACCCACGCCUUAAUAGAAGGUUUUGGCUUCAUAAAUGGACAUGUAGAUAGUUCACCUUAUUUGGGUGGAUUUCUUUCCUCAUUGCUGGGAGCUGGAUGUGAGUGUGAUGGAUAUAGUGUUCGCAUAGUUGGACAUUCCCUUGGAGGAGCUAUUGCUGCAUUGUUAGGACUGAGGCUAUACAGUCGAUACCCAAGCUUACAUGUUUAUACAUAUGGCUCCCUUCCAUGCGUGGAUCCAGUCAUAGCAGAGGCAUGCUCGGGAUUUGUUACAAGCAUCGUGUACAACAAUGAAUUCUCCUCACGUCUUUCGGUUGCAUCAAUUAUGAGGCUUCGUGGAGCUGCAAUUUCAGUGCUAUCUGAAGAUGCAACAGCUGAUUCAACUGUAAUUUCCAAACUUGCACGGCGAUUUUUGUUUUUGAGUAAUCAUGAACAAAUUAAGCAGGAGGAUCGACAACAAGAUUCCAAUUUGAAUUCUAGGACCAUGACAACCAAAGAAACAAACAAUCAGGUCAAGAGGAAUCAGCUUUUCAAUGAAUGCAGGCAACAAGAUCAAGAGGUUUCUUUCUGGCAAGAGGUGGAUAUGGAAGACAGAUCUCAUAAGAAAAUGGGAUUUAGUGAUUCAGAAAAUCAUUUCACCAAUCCUUUUUCUGGCUCUUCUACUGAUAUAAAUUCAUAUGGUGAUCCUGUAUCUGUAUUUAUGGAAGCUGUGCCAUCUUCUGAAUCAUCUGGUGAUCUUCUGGAGAUGUAUAUACCAGGGCUUGUCAUUCAUAUAGUACCACAGAGGACUAGCUUCCAUAUGCCUCUAUGGAAACGCUGGAGAACUCAGGAGGAAGGGUGUGGUUAUGCAGCUUAUAUAGCAGACAGAGAAUCCUUCAGGGAUAUUAUUGUGUCACCAUCUAUGUUCCUCGACCACCUACCUUGGAGGUGUCAUUAUGCAAUGACUAAGAUACUAGAAAUGCGAAGUCCCCAAGUUCUACUUAAUGAGUCUUGGAUGGUGUGAGUGAUAAAAUCUGAGGUCCUUUCUGAGCUCAUGUUUCGCUUCUAUGAUUUGUUGAGCCUUGUUGAUUUACUUUCAUCCAUUUCUGACUGAAGAUGGUUGUCUGAAAACCAGAUAUGGUUAUAUACACUGAUGAACAUGAACCAUUCAUUAUGGAACGGCUCACUUUCAAACAUCCGAUACAAAUCAUACAAACAAGGUUCCUGGAGAAACAUUUCAGAGCCUAUUCCCAAUAACAAUUUUAUUUUAGGUCCUUUACGUGAAGGUAACAUUCCACCAUCAUCAUCCUAGCAGUGUGUAUCCUCCACUCCUUGUUAAAAGGUAGAAUGUUCAAACAACAGAGAUAUGGGGUUGGGGUGGUUAUAUGUCUGUGUGCGGGUGGCAUCGUAUGGCUGAAGCAGUUGAACCCAAAGGCAUACACAUUGAUAAAGUAAGGAGUAUACAUAUUCAAGGUAAAGAAGAGCAAGACAGCGGUUUCUAAUUAACUCUAGUUCUAUAAUGAAUGAACUACAAUCCUUGAUGACCAGCAAAUGUAACAGUGAGUAUCGUUCUUUUGAAUUGAUCUUCAAUUUGUGUGAUCGACAAGAAGUGACCACAAAAUCAAAAGGAUGUAAAUAAAGUCCAAAAAUGCUUUCGGAAUUUUUUGUAUGGUAUUGCAUCCAGAAUAUGGAUUUUGAGAUGGAUUGUGACAUGACAAGCAUUAGCGAAACUAGUGGCAGCAGUAAUUUUGUAGAAGAUCAAGGAAAAUCAUCUUGGACGCGUGU